AUGGCGAAGCAACAUCAAUCAUCGGUAACAGAUACUACAAGACCGCCUCUUGUUCCAGCUGAGAAGAACAACAAUGCAGUUUCUGUCACACGCCGGUCAAGAACAGUUGAGGUCAGUUCAAGAUACAGAUCACCUUCACUGACUCCAACUAAAACUCGGAGAUGUCCUUCACCUAAUGUCACGAGGACUACUGUCUCUUCAUCAAGCUCACAAGCUCUAUCGAAAAGAGCUGUUUCAGCUGAAAGGAAACGCUCUUCUUCUCCAGCUACUCCAUCCACACCGGUUAGUGAUGUAUCUUUAGACUUACCUGUUUCGUCUAGGAGAGUAUCUACUGGUCGUUUACCUGAAAGCUUAUGGCCUUCUACUAUGAGAAGUCUCAGCGUUUCGUUUCAGUCUGAUUCAGUCUCAGUUCCUGUUGUUGUUAAGAAGGAGAAACCUCUUGUUACUUCUUCAUUUGAUCGGACACUGAGACCGUCUUCUAAUAUAGCGCAUAAGCAGCAGAAUGAGAGGAAAAGAAGUCCAUUGAAAGGGAAGAAUGUGUCUGGUCAAUCAGAGAAUUCGAAACCUGUUGAUGCUCCUCAUAGUAGGUUAAUAGAACAGCAUCGAUGGCCUAGUCGAAUCAGCGGAAAGAUCACUUCGAAUUCAAUGAACAGAAGCUUAGAUCUUGGUGAUGAUAAAGCCAUCAGAAGAAUGUCUCUUCCUUUGUCCAAUAAAGGCUCUAAACCAUUGCAGAAGUCUUCUAGUGACACGGCGAGGUUGUUGUCAUCUUAUGAAAAUGGAGGUGGAUUAGUAAUGUCUCCAACACAUUCAGAAAGGCUUUUGUCUGCUAAAGUGCAUCCAUUGUCUGCUCCUGGAUCACGAGCUGCUUCUCCAAGCAGAUCCUCAUUUUCAUCAUCAUCUUCUAACUCUCGAGGAAUUAGUCCUUUAAGAGGAGUGAGUCCAUUGAGAGGGUUGAGUCCUUCAAGAGGAACGAAUCUUUCUUGUUUAAGAUCUUCUACGCCGCCACCAAGAGGUGUGAGUCCUUCUCGGAUUAGACAAACCAAUGCCUCUGCACAGUCCUGUAGCAACACAACUUCGGUUCUCAGUUUCAUUGCGGAUGUUAAGAAAGGGAAGAAGACAACUUACAUAGAAGAUGUUCAUCAGCUACGGUUGCUCUAUAAUCGAUAUUCGCAGUGGCGGUUUGCGAAUGCUCGAGCUGAGGGAGUAAGUUAUGUUCAGAGGUUGAUUGCAGAGGAAACUCUAUACAAUGUCUGGCAUGCAACAUCAGAGCUACGUGAUCUUGUGACAGAUCAAAGAAUUAGUCUCCAACAGUUGAAGCUAGAAAUCAAGCUUGAGUCAAUCUUAAAUGAUCAGAUGGCUUGCCUUGAAGAUUGGGCCAUGCUUGAGAGAAACCACAUCAGUUCUUUAACCGGUGCCAUUGGAGACUUGGAAGCAAAUACUCUCCGGCUUCCACUAACCGGAGGAACAAAGGCGGACAUUGGAUCUCUGAAGUUGGCUAUGUCCUCAGCUCUUGAUGUAAUGCAGAAUAUGGGAUCGUCCAUAUGGUCUUUACACUCGCAGAUGGAGGAGAUGAAUAAACUUGUUUCGGAUCUCGCUGUUAUAGCUACAAAAGAGAACUUUAUGCUUGACAAAUGUGAAGAUCUCUUGGCAUCAACUGCAGUCAUGGAGAUAGAGGAGAGUAGCCUCAUGACUCAUUUGAUACAAAAGAAGCAUGAAGAAGAAGAGAUGAUGCAGAGUCUCCAUCAAUGCCAUUAA